AUGAAUGAGGUCAAGAAGAUUACUAAGUUGGUUAAUAAGAAUAGAACAAUUAAAUUAACGUUAUAUGCAUUAUUCAUAAUUACAAUAACUUAUCAAUUUUAUUCAUCAAUUUUCCAAAUAUCAAAUGAAAAUAAUAGAUUUUUCAAUAAAUUAAUAUAUAACAACUCUCCUAAAAAAUUAAAUGAUAAACCUGAUUCAUUAUUUGCCAUUUCUAAAAAUCCAAUACCAAAUAAUCUACCCAAUGAUGCUACAUUAAGACAACAAUUACAUUACCAAUUCCCAUAUGAUCCAAAUCAACCAUUCCCAAAAAUCAUAUGGCAAACUUGGAAAGUUCCAUUAACUUCUGCUGAUUUUAAAUCAAGUUUUAGAAGAUAUACAAUUCAAUGGAAAGAACAAAAUCCAGAUUAUUUAUAUAAUGUUAUACCAGAUUCUGCAGCUCAUGAAUUAAUUAAUAAUCUUUAUCAAACAAUACCAAAAAUUAUUCAUGCUUAUAAUAUAUUACCAAAGACUAUCCUCAAGGCUGAUUUUUUCCGUUAUUUAAUUUUAUUCGCUCGUGGUGGUGUUUAUUCAGAUAUAGAUACAGUUGGAUUAAAACCAAUUGAUUCAUGGGUUUCACAAAAUAAUACAAUUUUUGAUAAAGUAAACAAUGCAGGUGUUGUUAUUGGUAUUGAAGCUGAUCCAGAUCGUCCAGAUUGGAAUGAUUAUUAUGCAAGACGUAUACAAUUUUGUCAAUGGACUAUACAAGCAAAACAAGGUCAUCCAAUGUUGGGUGAAUUAAUUGCUAAAAUUACAGAAAUUACAUUAGCUAAGGAGAAAGAUGGUUCAUUAAAUAAAAUUAAAGGUAAAGAUGCUGGUGAUGAUAUUAUGAAUUGGACAGGUCCUGGUAUUUUCACAGAUGAAGUUUUCAAAUAUUUAAAUGAAGUUAUUUCAUUAGAUCAAUCUGUAUCAAUUAUAAAUAAAACACCAGAAAAUGAAUAUAAUAAAGGUUUAAACAUUUUCCAAGAUGGUGUUGAUUGGAAAUUUUUCACAUUAACUAAAAAGCCAAUUGUUCUUGAUGAUGUUCUUGUAUUACCAAUUACAGGUUUUAGCCCAGGUGUUGGACAUAUGGGUUCUAAAUCAAUUACUCAUGAAUCUGCUUAUGUUAGACAUAUGUUUGAAGGUAGUUGGAAACCAGAAAAUGAAAAACAUAUAGGUGAAGGUAAGAAAGAGAAGAAAGAUAAAUGA